UUGAGCUGAGAGGACGGGCCCCAUACUGACACCCCGUACACUGCUCCCUUCUACACCAUGGGGGACAGACCGUACCCCUACCCUGUGGCCCUACACUGGACCGAGGCAGCUGAGAGCCUAAAAAAAAUGAAAAAUAAACUUCUGCUGUAUUUCCAGAAGAGGAGCGAAUCUAAUGGAGGAGACUGUGAGAUCCCAGACACCGACUGCAGCCGGGGAUACGUCCUUAUACACUUCAAGGAGGAGAAAGCUCGGGACGGGGUGCUGCAGAAAGACGUCCAUGAGCUGAAAUUACCGGGAGGGAAGAAGAUGAGGCUGGACGUUCGGUCAGCCGGGGCAGACGGUGGCGGGAGGUCUGAGAGACCACCAGAGGUGGUGGGUAAUGGUGUGCGGGGGCUGGGUGCAAACCCCGAUUCACCAGAGUUCGCCUCAAGCUCAUGCAAAACUGUGACAGACACCCCGCUCCUGGGGAUCUCGGCCGUGGGAACCUUCUGUAAAGGAAUGAAGUGGGCCAUCUUGGAUAGGCGGUCAAUCACCACGAAAAUGGCCGUGCAAUUCUCGGACGGAGGAAGAUCCACGAUGAAAUCCAUGGAGAUGGCAGUCCAAAGACGGGACGGAAUCGGGAGUGGCCGUAGUAGGCCCCAGGCCGGGGAAGACCGUCCCUUGUUGCGGGCACAGAUCUCGGCCGUGGGAACCUUCUGUAACGGAAUGAAGUGGGCCAUCUUGGAUAGGCGGUCAAUCAUCACGAAAAUGGCCAUACAAUUCUCGGAAGGUGGAAGAUCCACAAUAAAAUCCAUGGAGAUGGCAGUCCAAAGACGGGACGGAAUCGGGAGUGGCCGUAGUAGACCCCAGGCCGGGGAAGAACUGUCCCUUGUUGCAGGCACAGUUCGAGGAAUCCCCCCGAUGGUGAUGGUCGAUGGCCAGGCCCAAAAGCUGGCAGGGUUGCGGGAACUCGAGGCAUCAUCCAGGUGCGGGGUUGCAGCAAAAAGUAGAGCUGACAAGCGUUCCGGAAUGCACGGAACUUGGAACGUUCACCAGAAAACUUCUCCGGUGCUGGCACACGAGGUUCUGGUGGUGGACCCAUUGCGGCUGCAACAGGUGGUAGAGGGGCGGCAUCUGGCACGUUAUCAAGUGCAGGAGUCGGUGCAGCUGGAGUGGCCCGACUCAGGGACUCCAGCCGGCCCUCUAGUUGGAAAUAGCCUUCCUGAAGGCCCUGCACGGAUUCGGUCAGAGUGGCGAUCUGUUGGCACAGUUCCUCCAUGGGAGGCCUCCUUUCGGACCCACGAGUAUUGGCUGAGUGAUUCUGACUCCAGAGCGAAUCUCACCCCCCAACCACCAGAUGUUCCGGCACCGAGUAACAAAACACAGCACGUCACACAGGACCCUCCGUCCUCUCUGGUUAUCAUAGAGAACCUUCAGGGCAGCUACACCACUGACAUGUUAAACCUCCUGGUGGAGAAUAUAAGUGAGAAGAACGAGGACAUAGACUUCCAUGUGGAGAGAAUUCCAGAGAAACAAUCUGCUGUCGUCGCCUUCUCAUGUGAUAUCGCGUUCUUUGGGACGGUGACAAACCCGUCACUCGGGGUCCACGAGAUGAAAAUCGGACCUGCCACUUAUGAGGUGAAGACCGGCGAUAUAACCAAAGAGCAGACCGACGUCAUUGUGAAUUCUUCCAACCAAAACUUCACCCUGAACUCAGGUGCGGGGGGAUUAGCUGCCUCCACAGUGGCCGACGCAAUCCUCGAUGGUUUGGUGGAAUUCAUCAAAUCUAAAUCAGUCGGUUCGCUUCAGACGGUGAAAGUGGUUCUAUUCCAGCAACAUAUGCUGAAUGAUUUCUACAUGAGCAUGAAGAAGAGAGAGGGGACAGCCCUGCCCGAAGCCAAAUCCUUCCUCACUAGACUCACCGAAUUGUUUAUGUCAUCAAAAGCACAGAAGCGGGUUCAGAAGCUGACGGCCUUCCAGCUGGUAGAUGGCAUUGAGCCUGUGGUGUUCAGCUUAUGUGCUGAAGAUAAAAGUGACGUGGAAAGGACCAAGGCUUGGCUUCAGGCGCAGAUAGAAUUCGAGCAGUCGGAGAAGGUGAUCCGAGAGGAAUGUAUCUCUGAACUAGAAGAAGCCGAGGUGAAGAAGUUCUCCGACCUCCAGAAAAAGUUUCAGGUCUCGGUGAUUUACAAACCUCCCGACCCCUCCAUCCGGAUCCUGGGCCUCACCCGGGACGUAAUGGCCGUGUCCGGGGAGAUCGAAACGAUUAUAAACCGAGUAAAAGACAGAAAGAAGAAGGAGAGGACUGCCGAGCUCACCGGUAAUCUGGUGGAAUGGAGAUACGAGACCGGAGGGAUUAUGGUUGCCUUCGACAAGAUGAUAAACCUGGAGCUGGAAGAGGCAAAGACUGACAGGAAGGAUAAGAUCACAAUCCAGAUGCAUGGACAACUAUUUGCUGUCAGUAUAAAACAUGAAAAGGCCACAGACACGCAGGGAAACCAAAUUCGGAUCCAACGUUUUGUGAAACAUGAAGGGGAAUCUAUCGCGUUGCCAACACACUGGGAGACGAUGGGUAAGACCCCUGUGAUGGAGGUGGAUGUCGCUCCCGGGACUUCUGAAUACACCACUGUACAGCAGAAAUUCCAGCAAAGCUGCAGAAACAUAAUACUGAAGAUUCAGCGUGUACAGAACAGAGAUCUCUGGCUCAACUACCAGAUAAAGAAGCAGAACAUCGACUCCAAGAACGGCUCCACCAACAACGAGAAAGAGCUUUUCCAUGGAACCGACGCCAACUCCAUCCAGCAUGUCAAUCAUAACGGAUUCAACCGGAGCUACGCAGGGAUACAUGCUGCUGCUUUUGGAAACGGAACAUAUUUUGCAGUAAAUGCAAGUUACUCUGCUAGCAGUAAAUUCGCCAAACCUGAUGCAAAUGGGCAGAAACACAUGUACCUGGCCCGCGUCCUCACCGGACAAUACUGUCCUGGAAGAGCUGGGAUGAUAACACCUCCUGCCAAAAGUACAGCCAAUCCCCUCGACCUGUAUGACAGUGUGACCGAUAACAUCCACAACCCUUCAAUGUUUGUGAUAUUUAAUGACAUCCAGGCCUACCCCGAAUAUCACAUCACCUUCCAGUGAUGAUGUAUUACUGUGCCAG